AUGAACCUCUGCUCCUACACGUCCAACAGUACUCCAGAGCCUCAAGUGCCUGCUGCAGAGCCUGCCGUUGCUGUUCCUGAACUUCCCCCUCCAUUAAUUUGCUGGGUUCUCGACCAUUCCCGCAAACACGGGUCGAAUGUACAGCCGUACGAAGGUUACUGGAGUCCUGUUCGCGGCACGAAGGUUCGUCCGAUUCACCUCCUAUGUGUUCGCAGCCUAAACAUUUGCCAGAUCCAGACCUCACUUGUUUAUGCCCAAACGUUCGCUUGUUCCCUUACGUGCCUGUUUGCUGCCCGAAAGUGCGACAACCUCCGUGUUCGCCCCCGAACAUUCGCCAUCUCCAGACGAAUCCUGUUCAUGAUCUGA